AUGGUAGCGGAGCUGGCGGCAGCGGUUGCCCCGCGCCUGGUCGCCUCCGCGACCUGCGGCAGCCCCGCGGUCUGCGGCAGCGCAUGCCCAGCAAGCGCGGCGGGUGCUCCAUCGGCGCUCGAGAGCGUCGCGCUGGCCGGAACGAUGGAGGAGUUGGCCCAGCGGCCACAGGCCAUGGAGGCCAGGCAGCAGGAGAUGGCCCAGGAGUUCCAGCGGCAGCAGCAGCGCGGGCAGGCCGCGGAGCAGGGCCUGCAGGCGGCGCAGGCCGAGCUCGGACAGCUUCGGGCGGCGCCCCCCGUAGCGCCGCAGCGUGCGCUCGCGGAGCACCUUGGCGGCGCGACCGUGGACACACGGACGCUCGGGAAGCCGUCGAGCUUCUCGGGCCGGCGCGAGGGGUGGAGGCACUUCCGCUUCGUCUCCGAAGCGUUCGCCUGCGCCGCGCACGCCAACAUGGCGGAGCUCUUCCGCCGCGCGGAGGCGAUGGGCGGCCAGGUCGUGGACGCUCACGAUCUGGACGAGGUCGCGCUCACCCUGAGCCGCCAGCUGCACUACAUGCUGGCGAUGCUCACCACGGACGACGCCCAGCGCCUGAUCGGCAACGUGGAGCAGGGCAACGGCGCGGAGGCCUGCAGGCGCCUUUGCUGGGAGCACGAGCCCGACGUGCGAGUCCGUCACGGGGCGGCCCUCCACGCCCUCCUGCGGAGGGGGUUCGGAGAGGACCCCAACGGCGACCUGGCGGUGGAGAUCGAGAGCUUCGAGAGGGACGUACGGCGCUACGAGGAACAGAGCGGCAAGGUCUUGGACCAGGACGUGAAGAUAUCCGUGCUCAUCGGCGGGAUGCUGAACGUGAAAGUCCGGGAUCACCUCGAGCUCAACGCCGCGAGGUUGGACACGUACCAGCAGCUGCGAGCGGAGAUCCUGAACUUCGCCCUCGUCUCCCGGCGAGCCGUGGGCGAUCCACUGACGGUCAACAUGAUCCAGCCUGCCGGCAUGAUUGCUGCGGUGGGCCAUGGUGGCGUCGAACUCGCCCUGCUGGACUCGUGGGCGGGGUUUGUGGCGUGCCCUGUUGACUAUGCUUCUGAUGUCCCCAUGCUGCCUCCUCGUAGGGAUCUUCGUCCCAUGGUGAGUGCCACGAGUGAGCCCAUCAUCAACUACGGCACCAAGAACAUCACCUACGUGCUGGACAACGGGGAGGAGCUGGCUAUCACGUGGAUCGUGACGAACGUGAACUGCCUGAUCCUCUCGGCCUCUGCUCUGCGACGCGGAGGGGCGACUGUCGUCCUCGCGCCGGAGCGUGAGAUGCUCCACGCGGCUAGUGGAGGCUGCGUCGACCUCGUCAUGCAGUCGGAUGCGCCGUGGUUGAGGCCGCGGCGGCAGGAGGCGAGGCCCCGCAGAUCCGUGAAGGUCCCCAUCGGCCCGUCAGAUCACGAGAAGGAGGAGCACUACUUGACCCACAUUCCGUUUAGGUCAUGGUGCAGUUAUUGCACGCGGGCUGCUGCCCCUGACGAUCCUCGCCAUCGGACGCGCAUGCCCGUUACGAUGCCUUUGAAGCCGAUUGCGAUGAUGGACUACACGUUCGUGACCGACCCCCCGUUCGACAUGAUGACGGUCCUGACCGUAUACGACCAGGAGCUCGGGAUGGUGUUGGCGCUGGUGGUGGACGAGAAAGGACCUAUGGAGUACGCGAUCCGCAGCGUCAUUGAGUACCUCGGGCACUGGAGCAGGAAGGCCAUCGUUUUGAGGGUCGACGGCGAGCCCGCCAUCAAGGCCCUGGCGGAGGCGAUCCGCACCGGGCGUGCGGAUCCCACAGUUUUGGAGAUUAAGCCCCGGUACUCGCCUGAGUCCAUGGGCGCCGUCGAGAACAUGAACAAGAAGGUGAAGAACUUGAUGAGGACGAUCGUCUUGUACCUGAGGCACGUGGCGAAGGUCGAGCUGCGCGCUGGUCACCCGCUGGUGCCCUGGCUUGUGCGGCACUGCGGCUGGUGCAUAUGCAUGUGCCGCGUGCGCGCGGACGGCCGGACGGGCUACGAGAGGUUGAAGGGCCGGCCAUGCAACGGCAAAAUUGCCCUCUUCGGGGAGUGCCUGUGGUACCGGGCUCCCGAUGCCUCCCGUCUCUCGUCCUUGGACGAGCGCUGGGCCACGUGCAUCUGGUUGGGCAAGAGCUGGAAGACCGACGAGCACAUCAUCGUGCUGGGCAACGAGGCGCGCCUGGCCAGGUCUGUCCGCCGCAAGGCCCAGGGCAAGCGGUGGAACAAGAAGAUGCUCGAUAAGGUGCUCUGCACCCCGCGGCUUCCGCGCCUGGGCGCCCAGACCCCGGCAGCCCGACCGAAGCGGUACAUCGCGAAGGCUUACCUCGACAAGUACGGCCUCGCCCCCGAGCGCCCCGGCUGCCUGGGGCGCACGACGGGACACAGCGACGCCUGCAAGGCCCGUUUCCUGGCGAUCUGGGGGAAGGAGGAUGAGGCACUAGCGAGCAGUAGUGCCGCAGCGCCGGCGCCCCCCGCAGAGGCACCGCAGCCGGCGGUAUCCGGGCCCCAGCUCGCAGCCCCUCCAGGGCCCCCCGCACCUGCCAGAGCCGCCCCCGACGUCGAGAUGGCAGCUCCGCCGGAGGAUGCGGCCCCUGCCGCUCCACCAGCGCCGGCUCCGGAGGCCCCUGACCCCGCCGUUGAGGCGGAGAUGGAGGCAGCGAGCAUCGCGACGAAGCGCGAGCGGGAGGACCUGAGCUUCCAGGAGAAGGUCGAGCUCUUCGAGGGUGGUGGUGCCGACGCAGGCGGGCCCGCAUCCUCGAGGAGCAAUGCGACGCCGGUGGCCUACGUGGCGACGCCAGACAUCGGCGCGCAGGACGUCGAGGACCACAAGACCGGCGAGGACGCUAAGGGUAAGAAGGUGCGCAGCAUGUGGCUCGACGAGAAGCGCGCGCAGGACGGUGAGACCACCGUCCGGUCGAGGUGUGUGGCCAUGGAGUUCAACAUGUACGACCGGCUGGACACGUACACGGCGACGCCCCCACUGAAGUUCAUCAAGUUGAUCGUCUCACGAGCUGCCUCAAUAAGACGCCCUGUCUCCAACGACUGGACCAGGGUGCUGGGGCUCUACGACAUCGUCACAGCAUUCUGGCACGCCGACUUGCCGCUGGACGAGCCGAUCACGGUGAUCCCGCCUAGGGGCGAGGAGGUCCCAGGGAUGGCGUGGCAGAUGCUGAAGGCGAUGUAUGGCGCGCGCCGUGCGUCUCAGCUGUUCCUCGAGUUUAUGGUGAAGGUAUUCGACCAGUGCGGCUACAAGGUUUUGAAAACCAGCCGCCAGAUCUUCUAUUCGAGGCAGUGCGACUCUUUGGCCGGCUUGUGGGGCGACGAAAUCCUAGCCGAGGCGGAGAGCGAGGGCAUCGACCACCUUGACGCCAUGAUCAGCCGGCUGUGCAACAUCAAGGUCCUCCCUCGCGUUGGACCUGGUUGCAGCCUAAUGGGCCGUUACCUCAAGCGCUACAUCUGCUACGUGCCGGGGUUCGGUUACGAGUGGAACGAGGGCCCAAAGCACUUGCUGAUGUUGUUGGAGAGCACGGGCAAGCUCAAAGCGAAGCCCCAAGGGAGCCCAUGCAGCAAGCACAUCGGCAGGGACGAUCCGGCGAUCCUCGACGAGCUCGACGGCGAGGCGCAGACCAAAUAUCGUAGCGACACCGGUCGCGUGCUGUACGUGUCGUCCGGGCGCUUCGACAUCCAGUACUCGGCCAAGGACUUGGGCGAGCAGAUGUCCACGCCUCGCCGGCUAGGCAAUGCAAGGCUGGACCGCUGCGCGCGGUACCUCGCAGGCUGCCCGUUCUUGGCGCUCGUCUUCAAGCACGAGCCGGAGGCAGAUGGCUCUUGGAUCCCGGUCGACAGCAACUGGGCCGAGGAGCCAGACCAGUACUCGACCCACGCGGGUUGCGAGUUUAUGGGUUCGCAUUUGAUCGAGUCCUGGGUCGUGACGGACCAGGUCCGCGCCCUCUCCAGCGCGGAGGCCGAGCUGUACGGCAUCGUAGACGGCGCGGCGAGGGGCAUCAUGACCCAGAGCCUCGUCAAGGAAAUCACGGAUCUGCGCGGUGCCAGAGCGGCAUGGUCGGUGACCGUGGGCAGCGAUGCCAGCGCCGCCAUCGGCAUCAGCUCGAGGAGCGGCGUGGGGAAGACCCGCCAUAUCGCGACGCGAUGGCUAUGGGUUCAGGACGCCGUCCGGGAGAAGCAGAUCAUCUUGAAGAAGGUCCCCAGCGAGACCAACAUCGCCGACCUGGGGACGAAGGCAUUGGAGCCGAAGAGGCACCAAGAGCUCAUGAAACUGCUCCCCCUCGCAAAGCCUACCUGCCGCCGGUUCCUGGCGGUAUUGGUGGCCCUGGGAGCGGCCCCUGCAACGCAGGCCGCCCAGGAGGCGCAGGAGGAGCUGACGUGUGCGGUGAAGCCGCAGCGCGAGGACUCCAAACUCCUCAAUUACAUGCUCGUCGCUCUUCUGACCUGGGGGCUGGUGCGCCUCUGGGACUGGGCGCGCCGACCGCGCGAGGUCCAGGAGCAGGUGGAAGCCCGCGGCCGCCUGCGGCGCCGCGACGGCGGAUGA